CCUUUUAAGUUGUUGCCGUAAUUAUUUUAUUCCCACUGUUUUCUCGUUUUUCUGAUUGUUCUGGUGCUACACUUACAUUACAUCCCCUUGGUCCUAAGAUACAGAGUUAAACUCUGCACCAUGGUGAAGGGGGAAGCAAGUGUUAUUCACGAGGUUUCGACUGCAGAUGCCAAUGAAGAACCAACAAACAAGAAAAUUGAAUUGGAAAGCAAGACUGAUGAUCUUGAUGAAGCGGUGGAUAUGAUCUCUAGCUUGCCUGACCACAUCAUACACCACAUCAUGUCUUUUCUCCCAACAAAAGAUGCAACGAGAAGUAGCGUAUUGUCGAAGAGUUGGAGGUAUCUAUGGGGUUCCUUCCCAAUUCUUGACUUUGACCAAAGUCUGUUUGGACGAUCGUGCUUAAAAUCUGAAGACUUUUUGACCUAUCUAGAGAAUUCUAUUCGACGCCGGGAAGGGUUUAUGGAGAUUGAAAAAUUUAGGCUUCGAGUACACGAUUUUCAUUCGGACGAUUCGAGGGUCGAUUCGGCAAUCCGUUGGGCUUUAGAGCAUGGUGUCCAAGAGCUAGAUCUCUACUUGCUUGAAAUAAAUUAUUUGCCCUGCAGUUUGCCUAAGGAUCUUUGUCCCACAAAAUCAGUCGUCUCCUUGAAAUUAAGGAGCUUCCAUGUUGAUUUCCAAGAUCUUUUAUUAGGUUUCCCAUCAUUACAGGAACUUGUUCUCAGACAGUGCGAAGGAUCGAAUAAAAUUCAACGUUUAGGAGUUAAUCUCAAGACGUUAGUGUUGGAUCAAUGCAUUGGAUUUGAUAAUAUUAAGAUGGAGCAAUGCAAUCUUCAAUCAUUCAUCUAUUCUUCUAACCCCUUCAAUCAAAGCACCAUCACUCUCACUGCUUGUAUAUUUUUAAAAGUUUUGUCUUUGAAGGGUGCUAGAAUUGUAGAUAAAUGGAUAGAACAUCAUAUUUCUGAGCUUGCACACCUUGAGGAUCUUACAUUGGAUGGUUGCUUGGGAUUGAAAACAGUAACUCUUUCUCAUGGAAAACUUGAAAGAUUAUCUUUGCUUGAAUGCAUUCAAGUGGUAGAGAUUGAAAUUGACUGCCCACAACUCUAUUCGUUCAUUUAUAGUGGCCAAAUAGUAAACUUCCAUUACUUGAAUUCUUCAAGUUACCUCAAUGCCACACUUAUUUUAUCUGAAGUUCAAACGAUGGGUAGGUUUGUGAAAUUGAGGAAACUUCUCAGAGUAUUUGAUCACUGCAAACUGCUAAAUAUAGUUUGUAAUUCUUAUAAGGACUUGAUUAUUCCAGAAACCCAUAAAGCUCGCUUUAUUCCUCCAAUACAUGAUGUUAAGCAUUUGGAGGUGAAAUGCCAUUCAAUUAUAGACGAUUGCACGCAAUUGGUGGAUAACUUGCUUUGGUUUGCACCUCAUCUUCAGACAUUAUCCAUUGUUUCAAGAAUUAAAGGAGGCACAGAAGUAGACCAUAAUGUUGGUGCUUCAAAUUACGCGAUAGAACUAGAAGAAGACCAACAUGCAGUGAAGCCAUUGUACUCCUACAAGAAGCUUGAUUUUCAAUUCCAAUAUAUGAGGAGGAUAACGAAUGAUGAGGUUUCAUUCUGCUGUCUGGAGCAUCCUAAGAAGUGCUGGCAACAUCACUUGAAAAAGGUUAUGAUCAAUGGCCUUGAUGGUUUUGCUGACGAUGACGAGAAAAGCUUGUUGAAGUAUUUCAGUAAGAAUGGAAAAAUAUUGGAAUUAAUUCAAAAAGACUCAAAAAUCUUCAGGGUAGUUCAAGGAAAUUAUUUUGAGCAAUCAACGAUCCUUUCUUGAUCCGGAAAAUGGUGGGUAUAUAAACGUUUGGAUAAUUGAUGGCUCCGUAUGCAUGAUGUUAUUAUAGUUACUGAAAAAUUUGGUACUUAUUGUUCUUGCGUAAAAGAACUCUAUGCGUAGCAUCAGACCAUUUGUUCUUGGAUAAAAGAACUUUAUGCAUGGAUAUUGCAAAAUGAUUGUUUUAACAAUUUUUUGACAAAUAUCCUGCACGUGGCUUUUGCUUAUGACUGUUCAAAUGUAAAACACCACUAUAUGACAGCUUGUUAAACCUGUCUCUACCUGACAUAGUAGUAUUCUUUUCUGUGCUGUCCUUAUGAAUUCUGGAUUCUGCUAGGUGUCAUUUACCUUUGAUUGUAUCUAUUCUUAUGUAUAAUUUAUUAACUAUUAAAGCAAUGUUGUUGGAUAAGUUAUUGUUGAUACUCGAUUAGUCAAAUAAUAUUAGCUUUAUGCAUUGCAUAUAACAAGAAGAAGAAUCUCUCAAGUCUAAAAUUUCACUAGAUGGGGUUGGCUAUAUGGUAUCUUUUACCUCUUAUGUUGCUGUUACUUUGAGACCCAGCUGUCUGCUUUCUGGUCGUCUAGUGGAAUAGUAUUGUACAAAAUUGUUUUACAAAAUGUCACUUUGGAUUGUACCAAAGAAACUUCCUGCUACAGUUUGUUUGGCUGGUCAGAGUUUCAUGCUAUGAUACAUAUCGUUGAAUAUGUAAUGCAUAUGAUGAGCGAGCAAUCCUUUUGAGUUUCAUGCUUUGAUUAUGUUUGAGAUCAGUUGUAGUCAUAGACGUUGAAUUUGGGGUAUAGAGAGAUGAUGUUUGGAAUUGGAGCUAAUGUUGUUUGAUGGUCCUUGCUUCAUGGAAAGUUUGGUACUUGGAAGUCCUUGCUAGUUGUGGGUUUCACAAAGGACUUGAAGUGAAGGGGGCUUGCAUUUAGGAGUCCUAUAGCCUUCAUGCUCAAUUUUGCCUUGUUGAAUAAAUUGCCUGAUUAAGAGAUUCUCUCACAAAUAUUAAAGUUAAGGUCAAAUGUAUCUUCAAGUUUGACAUAAAAUUGAACAAAUGUUUGAUUCCCUUCCAUCCUUAGAAGUUUCAAAAGUUGUAGUCAACCAUUUUAAUUGGACAAUUAUCAGAGUUUGUACAUGAAUUUAAAAGCAUGCCCAAUGCAUUCUUGGCA